CUUUCUAGCAACUUUUCCACUUCAAACUAGCAAUCUGUUCUCAAUAGCUCUCUGUUUCCACCUUGAACAGAUCCCUCCUCCUUUCUUUUGUUCCUUUCCCUCCCUCUUGCUCAUUUUCUCUCACUAACCCUGUUCUAUUUUGAAUCUCUUCCUCUGUUAUUCUCUUUCUGUCCUUCUGUCUUGCUAUUUCUCACAACUUCACCUCCCUCUUUCUGCCUUCUACCUUCUCCUGUACGCUCAUUCACAAAUGCAAACAGAUACACAGAGUGACAAGUGCAGGUCCCCAGACGGCCAGUCUUGCGUCACAGAGAGUGCAAGCCGAGCCUCUUCUGUAUGCAGUUUAGCCAGCUCAGCUCUACAGCGUGCAGACGGAGGAGGAGGAGAGGAGAGGCGGGGGCUUCAAAAUCAUCAGAGUCGUUGCUUUUUUCUGCCAAUCAAGCUGUGACAGGGAUAUCUACAUGAUUUGAAAUGCUUCGAUAAUCAAAUGCUGGCAGCACUAGAGGACUCUGCAUACGGUUUUCUUCCAGGAUCCAACCAGGUAGCUAUGAUGGUUGGAAAGCCAGUCAGGCAGUGGAGGUCCAUCUGUAAGGGACUGAUCCUGGGCGCACUCCUGACCACCUGCAUGAUUCUUUUGUACUGCCUGUCAGCCCCAGAGGUCCAGCUUGGCCUGCAAGAGGUCCCAGUGCCUUACUCAUGUGCUCAUCGCCCUUCAGCUGCCCACUCCUCAACAAUCUCUAACAGCUCCCAUCAUGCCUCCAGGCAGCAAAUCUGCACUCCAAAAGUGGACAUCAUGUUCAUGAAAACCCAUAAAACAGCUAGCAGCACUUUCCUGAACAUUCUCUUUCGCUUUGGUGAAAAACACCACCUCAAAUUUGCCUUCCCCAACAGCCGCAAUGACUUCUUUUACCCGUCCUCUUUCCAUCGCUCACAGGUGAAGGACUACAGGCCCGGAAUGUGUUUCAACAUCAUCUGUAAUCACAUGCGUUUCAAUGCUGCUGAGGUGGCCAAAGUGCUUCCAGCCGACACCUCGUACAUCACAAUCCUCCGGGACCCGGCUGAUCUCGCUGAGUCCUCGUUCCACUAUUUUGGACGCGUCGUACCUCUCACUUGGAAGCUUUCUGGAGAUGACAAGCUGAGAGAAUUCCUGACGGAUCCAAAGCUUUACUACGACCCGGAGGGAUUCAAUUCGUUCUAUCUUAAAAACUUGCUUUUCUUUGACUUCGGACAGAAUAAUAACUUACAUCCAGACGACCCAAAAGUGGAUGAGGCCAUUCACGCAAUCGCCAAGCGCUUCCAUUUGGUUAUGCUUGUGGAGUAUUUCGAGGAGUCGCUCAUCUUGCUCAAGGACGCACUCUGCUGGGACAUGGAGGACUUGCUCUUCUUCAAACUUAAUGCCCGGAAAGGUUCAACCAUUUCUAAACUGACUCCAGAGCUCAGGGCCAAAGCGCUGGAGUGGAACGCCAUCGAUUGGAAGCUUUACCAGUAUUUCAACGCCACCUUCUGGCACAAAGUGGACGCUUACGGCCGUGAGCGCAUGGCGAGAGAUGUCGCAGAGCUGCAGCGCAGAAAUGCAGAAAUGGCUUCAAUCUGCAUUGAAGGAGGCCACGCUGUUGACGCAGGAAGCAUCUUGGAGACUUCCAUGCAGCCGUGGCAACCCAUCGGUGAGAAGUCGAUUAUGGGAUACAAUCUAAAAAAGAAUGUCGACAAAGCACAUCGAAAGCUCUGCAGGAAGAUGCUCACGCCAGAGCUGCAGUAUCUCACCGAUAUGGGCGUCAACCUGUGGAUAACAAGACUGUGGGGUCACAUAAGAGAGAUCCUUCACUGGUAGCUCGGAAGAAGUGUUUUGCUAAGGUGAAAGGUCAGCACUGACUAUAUGGAAGCUUGUUUCCUCCACAUAAUAAAAGAUUAAAAUGUAACUGUGACUUUUAUCUCACACUUCCACCCUUCUUCUCACAAUUCAGACAGUUUUCCAAAAUUUUUUGUUCCACUAUUGUUUUUUCCCUCAGAAUUGCACAUUUAUAUCGCACAGUUCCAGGUUUAUAUCUUGCAAUUUAGACUUUCUUUUUCACAGAAAUGCGAGUUUAUGUCUUGCAGUUGUGAGUUACAAAAUCGCAGUGAGACUUUUUUUCUCAGAAUUGCAAGUUUAUAUGUCACAAUUCACAGUUUAUGUCUUCAUUUCUGUAAAAGAAGUGUCUAAAUUGCAAGACAAACUCUAAAUUGCAAAAUAUAAACUCACAAUUUUGAGAAGAAAGUCUGAAUUGUUGAAGAAAAAUGUCUGAAUUGCAAGCUAUAAAUUCAGAAUUGUGAAAUAAAAAUUUGUAGAAAAAACUGUGGGAAAAAAAUGAGAAUUGUGAGUGAUGAACUGAAUUUUGAGAUUUGUGAGUUUAUAUCUCAUAAUUUACACUUUAUAUAUUUAAUUCUGUGAAAGAAGUGUCUAAAUUGCAAGAUAUAAACUCUAAAUUGUGAGAUAUAAACUCACAGUCUGAACUGUGGAAGAACAAAAUCGGAGAAAAAAAUGUCUGAAUUGUGAGAUAUAAUCUCUAAAUUGCAAAAUAUACAAUUUUGAGAAGAAAAUCUGAAUUGUGGAAGACAAAUGUCUGAAUUGCAAGCUAUAAAUUCAGAAUUGUGAAGUCAAAUUUUGCAAUUCUGAGAAGAAAAGUCAAAAUUGUGGAAAACAAUUUAGAAAACAUCUGAAUUGUGAGCAAUGAACUCUGAAAUUUGUGAGUUUAUAUCUCAUAAUUUGCACUUUAUAUAUUUAAUUCUGUGAAAGAAGUGUCUGAAUUGCAAGAUAUAAACCCUUAAUUGUGAGAUAGCAGUCUGAAUUGUGGAAGAAAAAAAUCGGAGAAAAAAAUGAAUUUUGAGAUAUAAACUCUAAAUUGCAAAAUAUACAAAUUUGAGAAGAAAAUCUGAAUUGUGGAAGAAAAUGUCUGAAUUGCAAGUUAUAAAUUCAGAACUGUGAGAUAAAAAUGUGCAAUUCUAAGAAGAAAAGUCAGAAAUGUGGAAGAAAUUGUGAGCAAUAAACUCUGAAUUGUGAGAUUUGUGAGUUUAUAUCUCACAAUUCAGUUUUUAUAUUUAAUUCUAUGAAAGAAGUGUCUGAACUGCAAGAUGUAAACUCUAAAUUGUGAAAGAAAAAAUCUUGCAAAAUAUAAACUCCAAUUUAUAGAAAUUCUGAGAAAAAUUCUGAGAAAAAAAGUCAGAAUUAUGAAAGAAAUUUUUUGAGAAAAAAAUGUCUGAAUUGUGAGCGAUAAACUCUGAACUGUGAGAUAACAACUUGCAAUUCUAAGAAUUAAAGUCUGAUUUGUGGACGAAAAUUUUUGAGAAAAUAAUGUCUAAAUAGUGAGCGAUAAACUCUAAAUUGUGAGAUAGAAACUUGUAAUUGUGAGAAGAAAUUUCAAAAUUGUGAAAGAAAAAUAUCUGGGGAAAAAGUCAGUUGUACUGUUUUAUUUUUUUUUAUUCUGUGGUGGAAAUUAGCUUCCAUAGACUUAUACACAACGACCUAAAACCUGUUUUUCUGUGUCAGAAAGAAAUAAAAAUAUUAAAAGACAUGACUGAAUAAAACAUUUUCAUAUUUAAAUGAAUCUUACCCAAAUAAGUGGUGACAGUCACAUCUUUAACAUGUUAGUUUUGUGUUGAGAAAUGUACUGUAAGUCACCGCUAUGUAUUACAUGUACAUAGUGUGUGGGUGCUUGAAACAAUCAUAAAAAUGAAUCAACUACUGUUGAAUGACCUCAUUCUUUGAAGCUCUUAUUGUUGGUGCCAAUGGCAAUAGCAAUAAUUUCUUAAACUGGUUUAGACUCAUUCAGAACUUGAGCUUUAUUGUUAUCAUCACAUGAAUGAUAAGUUGGCUAGAAUGUUGAGUGCUUUUAAGCUAAAAUGUGAUGACGUAUUGGGCUUCCUGUGGAACAGGCCACUGAGCAGCAAUGAAAUCUGUGAAAGAUGACAAAAU